CGUCACUGGCGGGGGCCCGCCGGGGGCUGUAGUUCUGGGCGGGAACCGAGCGGAAGCCAUCGGGGCCCUUCCUCAGUCGCCGCUGUGUUGCAUGCGGGGCUGCGGCGGGAAGGAGCGGUGCCGGAGGAGCGCAGCGUGGGGAUGAUGGGUGAGCGGAGAAGCUGUUGAAGCUUAUAUGAAAUACUUUUACUGAUCAGUAGUAGCCCAGAUGAAAUAGGCAUGUCCUAAGAUGGCAGUAGAUCUGGAGUAUGAACCGGCCUACAGAAGUGAGUUGAUGCCAGAUUUGUGAGUCUUGAUGGCUCUCACUUACUCUGUCUCUAAAACCAAAGCCCUCUUUUUACCAAAGCAAUAAAGGAAUGGUGCACAGUUUGAUUACAGAAUGCUCUUUCCAAGGAAGUGAACUGUGAAGGAAGGACUCAUGAGUUUUGAUCCCAAGGGCUUGGAGAGCGUCCCUGAUGGCUGCUCCAAUGAGGACCUUCCUGAGGUGGAGCUGGUGAGCAUGCUGGAGGAACAGUUGCCGGAUUACAAGUUACGAGUGGACUCUCUGUACCUGUAUGAAAAUCCAGACUGGAUUCAGCCCACAGCUUGCCAUGGCCGGCUGCCAGAGAUCACUUCUCCAGCUCAUGAGGAGGACUCCUUCCAUUACAUGACUCUUAUUGAACUUCCUUCCUCCUCCUUGGAUGGAUCUCACAAAUUUGCACAAGUUCUUGGCACAGAUAAUGUGGAGCAGAAAGACUACAGUCAAGCUGACAUGGUCAAACGUCUGUUAGCUGAGAAAGAUCGGGACCUGGAACUGGCAGCGCGAAUUGGUCAAGCCCUCCUUAAGCGAAACCAUCUGUUGAUGGAACAGAAUGAAGCACUGGAAGAGCAGUUAGGACAGACUCUAGACAGAGUUAACCAGCUGCAGCAUGAGCUGUCAAAGAAGGAUGACCUGCUGCGUAUCGUUUCCAUCGCUUCUGAGGAGAGCGAGACAGAUUCCAGCUGUUCCACACCACUGCGUUUCAACGAGUCUUUUACUGUCUCCCACGAUCCAUUGCAGCUGGAUGUCCUGCAGGACAAGCUCCGAGAGCUGGAGGAGGAGAACCUGGCUCUGCGAUCCAAGGCUUGCCAUCUGAAGUCAGAAACCAUUACAUACGAAGAGAAAGAACAGCAGCUGGUCAAUGACUGUGUCAAAGAACUCAGGCAAACAAAUGCUCAGAUUUCCAGGAUAACAGAGGAGUUGUCAGAGAAGAGUGAGGAGGUGAUUCGCUACCAGGAAGAGAUCUCAUCCCUUUUGUCCCAGAUUGUUGAUCUUCAGCAUAAACUCAAAGAAAAUGUGAUUGAGAAGGAGGAGCUGAAACUUCACUUACAAGCCUCCAAAGAUGCUCAGAGACAACUGACAGCAGAGCUCCAUGAGUUGCAAGAUCGGAAUGCAGAGUGUCUGGGGAUGUUGCACGAGUCCCAGGAAGAAGUGAAGUUGCUGCGCAGCAGAGCCAGCUCUGUCGCUUGUCUCUGCCACCUGCAGUCCCGUGGAGCAUUUCCUGUGGAUUCCCUUGCAGCAGAAAUUGAAGGGACAAUGCGGAAGGAAUUGAGUCAGGGUGAUGAAUCUCUUCUCUCCAAGCAAAAGGGUCAACAGAAACGAGUGUUUGACACUGUCAAGAUUGCUAAUAUCAUCCGUAGCCGCUCCUCUUCCUUUCCUGCCCCGUUGCCAAUCCCUGGAUCAAAUCGCUCAAGUGCUGUUAUGACAGCAAAGCCCUUCCAGUCUGGCGUGCAUCACUUGGAGAGCCACGCACGGAUGGUCCCUGGGAGCAGCUCUGAGAAAAAUUUGAAAGACGCUCACAGUCCUGGCCAGCCAGGAACCCCUGGAGACAAUGACCUGGUCACAGCUCUGCACAGGCUCUCCCUGCGUCGUCAGAACUACCUGAGUGAGAAGCAAUUCUUUGAGGAGGAGUGGGACCGAAAAAUGCAUUUGCUGUCUGAGCAGAAAGAAGAGGCUAGUGGCUGCAGUACACCAACAGGAAGCUCUUUUUCCCCAAGUACAAACUCAGAAUUCACAGAUCUCUCUGCCAGCUCUAGUAAUCUCCGUGUUCUCCUACCAGAGAAGUUGCAAAUUGUCAAACCCAUUGAAGGAUCUCAGACCCUUUUUCAUUGGCAACAGCUUGCUCGACCCAACCUAGGCACCAUUCUUGACCCAAGACCAGGUGUUGUUACUAAAGGCUUUACCCCUCUGUCUGAUGAUACUGUGCACCACAUCUCUGACCUGGAGGAAGAUGAUGAGGAAGAGGAUGAAGGAGGUAUAAUAUUUCAAGCACAACAGUCCUUCCCAGAGGAAAAGAAAUGUGCAUCGGCAAAGCCAGUGGCAGGGAUUUUCCUGCCACCUAUUACUUCAGCAGCAGUACCACUCACUGCCUCAAAUCCAGGGAAGUGUCUAUCUUCAACAAAUUCCACAUUUACCUUCACUACCUGUAGGAUCCUUCACCCAUCUGAUGUCACUCAAGUUACUCCCAGCUCCAUGAGUGCUCCGUUUUCACUGGGGAAUACUGGCAGCAGUACUGGAAACCCAGCAGUGAGCACUCCAGCUGUUCCUUACAGACUCAGUAUUGGAGAAUUUCUCACCAACAGAAGAGACUCAACUACUACUUUUAGCAGCACAAGCAGCCUGGCUAAACUUUUGCAAGAACGAGGCAUCUCUGCCAAGGUUUAUGACAGCCCCAUGUUAGAAAAACUGCCUUUGCUACAACCCCCUCGAACUCUUCCCAUUCCUUCUACUCCACCAAAUUCUCCUUCACGUUCACCUUGUCCUUCCCCUCCGCUGUUUGAGCCUCGAGUGCAUCACUCAGAGAAUUUCCUGGCUUCUCGACCAGCAGAAACGUUCUUGCAGGAAAUGUAUGGCCUAAAGCCCUCCCGUAACGUCCCAGACGUAGGCCAGCUGAAGAUGAACCUCGUGGACAGACUAAAGAGGCUGGGCAUUGCCAGGGUGAUCAAGCCCCCAGAAACACAGGACCAUGGGAAGAACCAGGGGCCAGAGGUUGGCUUGCAGAGGCAUGACUCAGCUGGGUUUUUAAAUGCAGGUAGCAACUUAAUGGCAGGACUGAGAAGAAACCAGAGUCUUCCAGCCAUGAUUGGAGCACUGGGAGCUCCUGUUUGCACACAGUCAUCAAAAAUGGAUAUACUAAAGGAAGACUAACUGGCCUGAAAGGUGUUUGACUUAGAGCACAGUAAAUAAUUUGAGGGAUGAACAUCCAGUACAGGCAUUGUUAGGUGUGUUAUGGAAGAGUUGGAGAAGGUACGUGCAUGUUAAAAUGUGGGAGAGAGAAGCGUUGGGAUCAAGGAGCAAAGGAACAUUGCUUGGGUUUGAGGAAGAAGGUUUUUGUGGGAAAUAGGUAAAACCAAAGCUUUAUUUCAAGUCCCCCCUCAGCAUCUUGUCUUAACUUAGUCAGAAGUGAAGACUAUUCUAGACAUUAAAGGGUUUUAACCCUUCAACCUUUAUGUGUAGGUAUUUUCUUUUUUUCCACCAUAUACCCAUCGUAUUUACUAGUUGUUUGCAGUCAGGCUACAUAAUUUAAAUAUAAUAUUAAAAUGUCAGUUUGACCAGCAUUAUCAUCCCAAGUUCCUCUCUGUAGCAAACAAAUAUGAAAACUUGGAUUUUUUUUUUUUUAUUCUUUUAUUUUCCAUUUCAGAAACUGUGCUCUUUUGAACUCCUCCUCACUUUGAGAAGUGGGGGAGAGAACCUUUAGGUCUGUGUAAGAAAGUAAUACUUCAGUUUACAAACACAGGAUUUAUAUUUUGACAGAGUGCAAUUAUGUUAGUGAGGUAUUAACAGAAGUUAAUUUCUUUCCAGAGCUUGAGAACAAAGCACACAGAGAAAUGUGCAAUGAUUAAGAAUUAAUCAGCAGGAAAGUGUGUAUUGGGGUGAAAAUGUCAAGCUAAGAAAUCUUUGUGAAGUGUAGUGUGCAUCUGUUUAAACGAGGAUAAUUUUGGGCACACACACACAUACAAGUAUCUCAGGCACAUUUCAGCAUUGCAAAAGGAAAUAAACCCUAGGUGCUUGAUUCAGGGUUCCUUUUUAAAGACUUAAAUGGAGGGCAUUUACUUCAAGGAAAGUGUUGGAAAUUCAGAAAACUGUCUCUUGUCUUGCCAAGUACACAUCCUGUAUAUUUGAGAGUUCUCCACUGGACUUUAUGCCUUUCAUUCAUUAAUUUCUCAUUUUAUGCAGGAUUUUGUUUAAAAGAUUUCAUUAAGAGCAAAAUUUUCCAGUCUCUAUAUAGAAACAGGAAGAAAAAAGCUGGUGUUCUUUGUAGCAUUUUAAUGAAUAUUGAAAUACAGUGAUCAGUGUGGGAGGGUGGUUCUGAACAUAGCUGAGGCAGACUUUCCAACUCAGAAAAGAACUUCAAUUUAGAAAUCUGGUUUCUGAGUGUUAAUCAUCAAAAUAUUACUGCCCAUGCUGCUUUUUUGGUUCCUUCCUGUCCAAGGGUCUAAUCAUAAGUGAACAAUCUACAACAGAUGUUUUGUGUAACUUAAGAAAACGUUGUUGUUGCUAGUGACCUGAAUAGAAACAGCUUCUUAGUAUUUAUGUAAAUUUUCACUGUACCUAUCAACAUUAUAAAAUUAUUUGUUUCCAUAUAAUUAGAUUAAACAGUUAAGUUUCCCUUGCCUGGUACCAUGUAAGUGGGCUAUAGCUGGCAGCUGUCUGGGGGUGUGGUGUGAAACAUCAGUGCAAUUACACCAAUUUGCAUUUGCC